AGAAGAAGAAGUAGUUUGACAUUUAUGAGCUCCGAGGCGCAGGCAUUCCACGCUUUGCACCGAACUCUAGCGAAUCUUCGUAGCGCUUUAAAGUAGAAACUGCACCUGCCGCUAUGGCUGGAAUGGCUCCGCCUGUAGACAGGGUACAGCUUCAACAGCUCUUCCAAAGUGUCGAUAAAAACAACAGUGGUGCCAUCGGAGUUACGGAACUUCAGAAUGCGCUGUCUAACGGGACCUGGAAGCCUUUCAAUCCAACGACUGUACGGACGAUGAUCGGCAUGUUUGACCAUAACCACACAGGAAAUGUGACCUUCGACGAAUUCAUGUCUCUCUGGAAUUACAUCACGGAGUGGCUCAACUGCUUCAGGCGCUUUGAUGCUGACAACUCCGGAAAUAUUGACAGAAAUGAGCUUUUUCAGGCCCUCGCUCAGUUUGGUUUUAACAUUUCUCAACAAACCUUAAACAAUCUGAUGAUCAAGUAUGAUUCUGACAAGAAAGGGUCGAUCAACUUCGAUGACUUUAUUCAGUGUUGCGUCACAUUACAGGGGGCGACACAAUCUUUCCGGCAGCUUGACCGGUACAACAGCGGUAGGAUCACACUGACCUUUGAAGAGUUUCUGAACACGGUCCUCCGACUUAGCGCGUGAGACUGCGGCAAGGAAGCUACGCCUGUAACGGGUUCGGAGAGGGUGUUUUGUGGAUGAACCGAGGGCAAUAAACCCUAACGCGAGCUAAUAAAGUGCAGCGCACUUUUUUCUUUUCAGAA